AUGGGGGUUAGGCCUAGUAGGAUUGUCGAUCUGAGAAAGAAAAAAGUUCUACUGGAUAAAAGAUUAGAAUCGCUGUAUAAGAAAGCAAAACAUUUAGAAAUUUUAUGUGAUAUCGAAAUUGGUAUGUUCUUUUUUACUCCCGGAGAUCAAAAUAUUUUUGCUUGGCCAUCUCUUACCCAAGCUACGGAUAGGGUGAAGAACUAUCUAGGUUUCUUUGAUAAGAAAUGCCCAAUUAAGAUGGUCAAACAUGAAGACUUACUUCAGUCGGUACUGAAUGCUAAGGAAGGUAAAAUUAAUCAACUUGAGAAAAUAGUUGAGAAGAAGGAAAUGGAGUACAAUUUCAACCAACUUGUUGAGGCAGGAAAAAAAUUUGAUGAACUUGAGGUUAGAGAAAUUAGAGCGUUGAUCAAUCUAUUUACCGUUAAGAGGGCCCAGCUGGACGAAAGGGCUAAACAACUUGAUGAAAAUGUUGAAACUGAAAUUGAUUCUAAUGACUACAAUGAUGGAGAAGAGAAUGACGGGCAUCUUUAA